AUUUAUUAUUUAUUGGCGCAAUAAUAAAAACACCUCCACCUUCCUAAAAAAAAAGACAACAACAUUUUCAUAAUUUACGCGUGGUUUUUUACAUUUGGAAAAUUUUUAAAGUAAUGAAAGUUUGUUCGAAUAUUUUGCGAUUCAUAUAACAAGCACCCGUCACGCCAAUUUAGCAUGUCUUGACGUUUUCGAAAUCUCAACUAUCAUCUUUGGAGUUAAAUUUAUUUAUACCAGUGAAAGGUAACCCUCAACAUGGAUGAAGGAAAAAGUACAGAAAACGAAAGUAAUAAUGUUACUGAUAUUCCGUUAGAAGAAAAGGGAGACACUGCAGAUUCUAAAGAAAAUAAGUUGGUUACAAACGCAGAAAAAUUAACUGGGGUGGAAAAGUCAACCAUUGAAGAGCCACAAUCCAGGGAUGAAACAGUGUCUUUUCCAGAGAGCGGUAAUGAAGAGAACAAAGAUUUGUUGACACUUCAUCGACAGCCAGGGGAUGGUGAGCAUGAAGAAGAGGAGACGACACAGAAAGCAGGGACAGCUGAUAAAGAAAAAGAGACCGCACAGAAAACAGGGACAGAAGACGUCAUCGAGGAGGAAGAUGAUGAAGGGAUUGAUGUAUCAGAUGGCAGUGAUCUGGAUGGAGAGGGGAGGAUCAAGCUUUUUAAAAGAGGUUUAGAAAUGGAGAAGAAAGAGAAACUGAAAUCAGCACUCAAGUGUUACAUGGCUUGUCUGCGGGGACUUAAACCUCACUCUAACUUCCCUCUACUGCCACAGUGCCUUAGAAAUAUUGCAGAUAUAUUUUACAGACAAGAAGAGUAUGAGAAAGCUAUACACUUUAUUCAAGCUGAAAAGAUUUACUAUGAAUCUGCUCUGAUAGACACCACAGAUAUACAGAAAAAGCUAGAAGAUGCUCAGAAAGACCAAGAACUUCCCGCUGGUGUCUCAGAGGAGACAGUUCGAGCUGAUGAGUUCGAAGAACUGGCCAGAAUUUGUCUCGAUGAAAAGCAACCGCAGCUGGCUUUGGAAUAUGCAGGAAAGGCCACAAAGAUUAGGCAGAGUGCGCUGGGAGAUAAUCACCCAAUUACUAUAAAUAGCCUGGACUUCUUCACACAAGUGUAUGCUGAGGCAGGAGCUGACCAGUAUCAGGAUAGCAUGAAAAAAUUUGAAAAUCAAGAAGAUAUAGACGUUAAUGACCCUAGUGCUCACGCAGAGGUUCCUGGGACUCCAGGGAAAGAACCCCAGUCCAUCCUUAGGAGAAGAAAACCAGGAGAAAAGGAUGCAGAGAAGAGAGUUCGGUUUGAGGAGUCUGUAAUCCAAAAUGAGGAUGAGGAACAGUGUGCCAAGAUAUUUGUGUGGAUCCUAUUUGCGAUAUGUGGGGUGGUUCUGUUAAUCCUGGGGUUGUACCUCUACUGCCAUCUCUCCUCGGGGAGCACCUGUACGUCCUACAAACACCAGAUCAAGUACGUCUGGGACCGGGUCAAGUACUACUACUACCACUACACACAGUCCAAACUCAGGAAGUUUGUCUGAGUCAAACUCGCAAGACUUGUCCCAAGUCAAAACAAGUCAAACUCACAAGACUUUGUCACAUUAUA